CUGCAGCGAAACAUCGCUUCGGCCACCUCUCUCUCGCUCUCUCUCUCUCUCUCUCUCUCCGUGGUAUGAUCGAGUGCUGAAACGGCAGAGAGAACUGUCGUUUUGGGUGUGUUUUCGUCGUCGUUGGUGGUUCAGUCAAGGAGGGCGAUAUGUCGAGUCUCGAGGAUAUCAAGAACGAGAACGUUGAUCUGGAGAAAAUUCCGAUCGAGGAAGUUUUCCAGCAGCUAAAAUGUUCCAGGGAAGGUUUAACAACGCGGGAAGGAGAAGACAGGCUUCAAAUCUUUGGCCCCAACAAGCUGGAAGAGAAAAAGGAAAGCAAAUUCCUGAAGUUCCUGGGAUUCAUGUGGAAUCCUCUUUCAUGGGUCAUGGAAGCUGCUGCCAUCAUGGCCAUUGCUUUGGCCAAUGGUGGAGGGAAGCCCCCGGACUGGCAAGACUUUGUCGGUAUCAUCUGUUUGUUGGUUAUCAACUCCACCAUCAGUUUUAUCGAGGAAAACAAUGCCGGUAAUGCUGCUGCUGCUCUUAUGGCCGGUCUUGCUCCUAAAACCAAGGUGCUUAGGGAUGGAAAAUGGAGUGAACAGGAAGCUGCUAUUCUUGUUCCGGGAGAUAUCAUCAGCAUCAAGCUGGGAGUCAUUAUCCCAGCCGAUGCCCGUCUUCUUGAGGGUGAUCCCUUAAAGGUGGACCAGUCUGCUCUAACCGGAGAAUCACUUCCUGUCACCAAGUACCCGGGCAAUGAAGUUUUCUCGGGUUCAACCUGCAAACAGGGAGAGAUCGAGGCGGUUGUUAUUGCAACCGGUGUUCACACCUUCUUUGGUAAAGCUGCCCACCUUGUGGACAGCACUAACAAUGUCGGACACUUCCAGAAGGUUCUCACAGCCAUUGGGAACUUCUGUAUCUGUUCUAUUGCUGUGGGUAUGGUGAUCGAGAUAAUCGUCAUGUACCCGAUUCAGCACAGGGAAUACAGGGACGGAAUUGAUAACCUUCUGGUCCUCUUGAUCGGUGGUAUCCCCAUUGCUAUGCCUACUGUUUUGUCUGUUACCAUGGCUAUUGGGUCCCACAGGUUGUCUCAGCAAGGGGCCAUUACCAAGCGUAUGACCGCCAUUGAGGAGAUGGCGGGAAUGGAUGUCCUCUGCAGUGACAAAACUGGAACACUUACCCUCAACAAGUUGAGUGUUGACAAAAACUUGGUCGAGGUUUUUGCCAAGGGUGUGGAGAAAGAUCAAGUCAUCUUAUUUGCGGCUAGGGCCUCAAGAGUAGAGAAUCAAGAUGCCAUCGAUGCAGCCAUGGUUGGAAUGCUUGCUGAUCCAAAGGAGGCCCGAGCUGGGAUCAGAGAGGUUCACUUCUUUCCAUUCAAUCCUGUGGACAAGAGAACUGCUCUGACUUACAUCGAUGGUGACGGUAAAUGGCACAGGGUCAGCAAGGGUGCUCCCGAGCAGAUCAUUGAUCUUUGCGGAGCCAGGGAUGACCUUAAGAGAAAGGUGCAUGCUAUUAUUGACAAGUAUGCCGAGCGUGGGCUUAGGUCAUUGGCGGUUGCCCGACAGGUGGUGCCGGAGAAAACCAAGGAAAGCCCUGGUGGUCCUUGGGAAUUUGUUGGCUUGUUGCCUCUUUUUGACCCUCCAAGGCAUGACAGUGCAGAAACUAUCCGAAGAGCUUUGAAUCUCGGUGUUAAUGUCAAGAUGAUCACUGGUGACCAGCUUGCCAUCGGUAAGGAAACUGGCCGUAGGCUCGGAAUGGGAACCAACAUGUAUCCAUCUUCUUCUUUGCUUGGACAGGACAAGGACUCUAACAUUGCAUCGAUUCCUGUGGAGGAAUUGAUUGAGAAAGCUGAUGGAUUUGCUGGCGUCUUCCCAGAGCACAAGUACGAAAUAGUGAAGAAGUUGCAGGAGAGGAAGCACAUUGUUGGAAUGACUGGUGAUGGUGUAAACGAUGCUCCUGCUCUUAAGAAAGCUGAUAUCGGUAUUGCGGUGGAUGAUGCCACAGAUGCCGCAAGGGGUGCUUCGGAUAUUGUUCUCACUGAACCUGGUUUGAGCGUUAUUAUCAGUGCUGUCCUCACUAGCCGAGCUAUUUUCCAGAGAAUGAAGAACUAUACCAUUUACGCUGUCUCCAUUACAAUUCGUAUUGUGUUUGGAUUCAUGCUUAUUGCUCUUAUAUGGAGAUUUGACUUCUCCGCUUUCAUGGUUCUUAUCAUCGCCAUUCUUAAUGAUGGUACCAUCAUGACUAUCUCGAAGGACAGAGUUAAACCAUCUCCCACACCCGACAGUUGGAAACUCAAAGAGAUUUUCGCUACAGGAGUUGUGCUUGGAGGCUACAUGGCUAUAACGACUGUCGUUUUCUUCUGGGCAAUGUACAAGACUGAUUUUUUCUCGGAAAAAUUCGGUGUGAGGUCUAUAAGGAACAGCCAGGAUGAGUUAAUGUCUGCUUUGUAUCUACAAGUUAGUAUUAUCAGUCAAGCUCUAAUCUUUGUCACGAGGUCAAGGAGCUGGUCGUUUGUGGAGCGUCCUGGACUGUUACUGUUGACUGCCUUUCUCAUUGCACAACUGAUUGCAACAUUCAUUGCGGUGUACGCCGACUGGACAUUUGCAAAGAUUAAGGGUAUCGGAUGGGGAUGGGCUGGUGUGAUAUGGCUGUACAGUCUGGUCACUUACUUCCCCUUGGACGUCAUGAAGUUUGCCACCCGAUACUUCUUGACUGGAAAGGCAUGGACCAACAUGUACGAGAACAAGACCGCUUUCACCACCAAGAAAGAUUACGGUAAAGAAGAGAGAGAGGCUCAAUGGGCGCACGCUCAAAGGACGCUUCACGGCCUUCAGCCAAAAGAAUCUGUUGACGUCUUCCCCGAGAAAGGAGGCUACAGAGAACUGUCUGAGAUUGCAGAGCAAGCCAAGAGGAGAGCCGAGAUUGCGAGGCUGAGAGAGCUGCACACCCUCAAGGGCCAUGUGGAAUCAGUGGUGAAGCUAAAGGGCUUGGACAUUGAGACUCCUGGACACUACACCGUGUAGGACAGAAACCCAGAGACCAAAACAGAAGAUUAUGACCUCUUUUCUCGUCUUGAUCUUCUUCUUAGUCAUAUGAUUGGGAGAGAACUGUGUUUAUUGCCAACUCUUCCAGAAACUCUUUGUCUUUUGCUUGAUUUUCUUAAUAACGAUGCUGCUGCUGAUGAUGGUCUUAUUUCCCCUUAUUCGACGAGCCGUUGUAAUUUGACUCUUCAUCAGCCUUGCCCUUUUUAUAUAAAUAAUGAUGUUGAUGAUGAUGAUGAUGA